GCUUGAGGGGUCUGGAUGGGUUGGGCUGAGCGAGGAGAGGAGGAGGAGGGGUCCCACUGCCGGUUUCGUGCGAAAAGUGGAGACGUGGCAAAAGCCCCGCACCGCUCGCCCGACUCGCGCCCCGCUCGCCCGGCCCACUCGCCGGCUCCAUUGACGACGACGACGACUCGCACGGUCCCACCGCGCUCCGCACGGAGAGGAAGACCGGGCCUCUGGAGUUUGGCAAUGAUGGAACAGCGGUGGAGGACGCUGCUGCUGCUGCCGCUGCUGGUGCUGCUGCUGCCCAUGGCUUCACACUGCGAGGUGUUCACCUCCAUAGGGCAGAUGACCGACCUGGUGUUCAUGGAGAAGGACCUCCUCAUCUCCCUCAACGACUACAUCCAAGCGGAGGAGAGCAAGCUGGGCCGCAUCAAACGGUGGGUGGAGAAGGUGCAGAGGGUGAUGGAGAAGGCCACAUCGGACCCAGAGACCUUUCUGGGCCACCCCAUCAACGCCUACCAGCUGGUGAAGAGGAUGAGCCACGGCUGGGCGCAGCUUGAGAGCAUGGUGCUGCAGGACACCACCGAGGGCUUCGUCUCGAACCUGACGGCCCAGCGACAGUACUUCCCCACGGACGAGGACCAGAGCGGUGCCGCCAAGGCGCUGCUGCGCCUGCAGGACACCUACCGGCUGGAGGCGCGCACCAUGGCCAACGGCCUGCUGCCCGGGGUGACCGAGCCGCAGAGGGCGAGGCUGUCGGUGCACGACUGCUUCCAGCUGGGACGCAUCUCCUACACGGCGAGCGACUACUACCACACGGUGCCCUGGAUGGAGCAGACGCUGCGCAUGAUCGACGAGUUCGACGCCGCCGGCACGACCGGGGCGGAGGCCGAGGCCCCCGGCAGCGCCGGCGCCGGGCUGGUGGGCACGGACGAGCCCCCCGGCCGGGCGGAGGUGCUGGACUACCUCUCCUACUCGGUGUACCAGCUAGGGGACGUGGAGCGGGCGCUGGCGCUCACGCACCAGCUGCUCGCCAACGACCCCGGGCACCAGCGCGCGCAGGGCAACGUGCGCUACUUCGACUACGUGCUGGAGCAGAAGAGGAAGUCGGGCAACACCUCGAAGGUGGAGGCGAGCCGCCCGCCCGACGCUUACCCUGAGCGCUACGCCUACGAGAAGCUGUGCCGCGGGGAGGGCAUCAAAAUGACGUCGAGGAGGCGAAGGCGCCUGAGCUGCCGCUUCCAGGACGGCGGGCGAAACCCGCGGCUGCUGCUGUCGCCGGCGCGCGAGGAGGAGGAGUGGGACCGCCCGCGCAUCGUGCGCUACCACGGCGUGAUCAGCGACGGCGAGAUGCAGCGCAUCAAGGAGCUCGCCAAGCCGCGGUUGCAGAGAGCCACCGUUAAAAACCCGCAGACGGGCGUGCUAGAAACGGCCGACUAUAGGGUGAGCAAGAGCGCGUGGCUCGGCGAAGAAGAGGACCCCCUCAUUGCGCGGCUCAACCAGAGGAUCGAGGACGUCACGGGCCUCAACAUGCGCACCGCCGAGGACUUACAGGUGGCUAACUAUGGGUUGGGGGGACAGUAUGAACCCCACUUUGAUUUUGUGACGAAAGAGGAGCCAGACGCGUUCGAACGCCUGGGCACAGGAAACCGCAUCGCGACGUGGCUCUUCUACAUGAGCGACGUGCCGUCAGGUGGAGCGACCGUCUUCCCUGAAGUGGGUGCCUCGGUUAUGCCCAAGAAGGGCACCGCCGUGUUCUGGUACAACCUGUUCGCGAGCGGAGAGGGCGACUACAGCACGCGGCACGCCGCCUGCCCCGUGCUCGUGGGCAACAAGUGGGUGUCCAACAAGUGGAUUCACGAGAGAGGCCAGGAGUUCCGGAGAAAGUGCGGCAUGACAGAGACGGCGUGACGAGCUUGAAGGCUUCUUCUUCUCCCCGCCUCUUCCGCUGCUGCUGUCCCUCUUGCUUCGCUUCCUUCACGGCCUUCUUUCACCCGCCGGUCCUUUUACCCGUCGCCGCGACGAGCCGGCAACGCACCCGAGAGGCCUCUGCCACGAGCGGGAGCCGCCCAGCGUCCCGAACCCCCCCACCCCCCACGUCCCCGCCGCUGCGUCCACCCGCCAGAGAGAGGGCAACCGGUGGUCCACGGACGCACGAGGGGCCGCCUUUGAAUUAAGAUCGUAACUCAUGCCCAGACGAAAAUAACGGUGAGGAGCUCGACGGGUUAAGUCAGGGGAGCGUGCGGGGCACCGUGGGGCUUGCCUGUCCCAGGCCUCGCUGCUCUUUAAGUUUCUCGCGUCCGGCCACGCCCAAGCGCGACGAAAAGUCGCACAAGCCGAGCGAUGUUCAAAGCGCGUGGCUCCAUGGACUCGCUGUCCAUCUGUCUAGCCCCCCCGCCUCUCGAUCACCGCAUACUCCAAACACCCCUCCGACCGCUUUUUAAUUGGUUGUUGAUUUUGACAACUUUUGCCGACGCCAAAGUUAACUCUUGACAACCCUGGCAAGGGUUUGAAUCAUUGAUUUUCUCUGUUUAGAGAACAAAGCAAUGAACAAAGUGAUUGUAUUGAACGUGUGGGUUACAGGCUGCAUGGCUUCAUUAAAUCAAGGUGAUGUUAAUGCAUCACAAAUACAUCACAGAUGAAAGUAUUAAUGCUCUCCCUAACCCAAGUGCACGUUUAUAUAGUUUUUUUUACAUUAGCAUGACAGUCUUGUUUUUUAUUAUGCUACAAAGUGAUGUCUUUGUCAACAAUUGUAUUUCUAAAUUCUGUGACCUCUGGCUGGGCUGGCAUUUAUUUUCCAAAAUCGCUUGCUGGAGCUCGGCUGUACCAAAGCUGGGGCACUCGACGCUUGCCAGUUUAUUUCUCUAAUCUUUUGUGUUCGUGCAAAUGCCUGGUGCUACUAACAGGAUUAUAAAUAUGCAUUUGCCUCGUUUGUGGGGGUUUUUUUCCCGGUACAAUUUUUGAUUUCACAGGAGCCACUUUCGACGUCCGUUUGGAAUAAGUUUUGUGUUUAAACGCAAAGACGCGAGUGUUCCUCGUCGGCAAACGUUUUACAAAGGGAAUUGAUAGGAAACACGCGAUGGUUACACGAUUUAGUGAUAGGGAUGAAAAUAGCAUGCUGGAAAAUCAGCCAUGACCUUUUGUGCCUUACUGUGGUGGUUUUGGCAUGACCCAGCUCCUCCUUGACUUGCAAACAAUCAUGCCCGACUUCAAAGUAACUCGAGCGUACACAGCUAAAGCUAUUGAAUAAAUUACACUCCUCAACUGAGCAAUUCUACACAAGAAUAGAAUUGAAUGAAUUUGAAACCGCAUGUGAAAUUUUUUAUACGACCAGCAGUGAGAGAAACUCAAGUUGUGAUUGGGUCUGUGCUUUAAAAUGCGCAAAACGGCUCGUCGUGAUGAAUCUGCCGCCCUACCGCUUGCCGUUUCUGUCUCGCGGGAAGCCAACCAAUGAAGUUACUUGUGGCGGCGAUUUUUAACAGCGCUGCCAGCACCAAAUACUGAAUAAGUGUUCGAAAACCUUAAGUCACACGGAGCAGUGGGGGAGCGGCGUGCAUUUUGGUAUUGGAGCAAAACAGCGUUUGGCCAACCAAACGAUAACCAGCUCGACAUGGUGGUGCGAUAUUAACUCUCUCGCCUAGUGUACAGGAGGCCAUGGGUUCGAUCCCGGCCCUGACGCCUGCUGUAUAUUUGGAGUUUGCGGUGUCUCUCUCCCCAUGGUCGCGUGGAUUUUUAUCCAGGUCCUCUGCUUCCCCCCAGAUUUAGAAACGUGCGUUUAGAAUAUUUGGCUGCUAUAAAUUUCCACAUUAUAAGCCACUUCGUUGAGCUAUCAUUUGCGAUGAGGUCACUUCUGAAAAAGAGCUACAUAGCUCAGUGGGCCUUACCUGGUUAAAUAAAUGAUAGAACCCCUCCCACUUACCCUCAAUCCUAACCCUACCUCUCUCACCUCCACCUCUUGACACUUUGGUAGGGCUCUCAUUUGUUUAUACUUGUCAGUUUCGGGUGCUCAGAGCGCCGCUCGCCAAAGCCACCCGUCGUAGAGUGUGGGCCCCACGCGGUGAAUAUGGUGUGUGGGCAUUUGCUGGUAGCGCGCGCUAAGAUUCCACGCGGCCGGCCGGCCCUGUUCUGUGCGUCGGGCUUGUAUG